AUGGCACCUCGUCGUCGCGUCUCUGAGGGCAAGAAGGCCGUCUCUCCGUCCCCACCACUAGUACCGGAGGUAGAGGACCAAGAGGAUGACAGAAUGCAGGUCGAUGAAGCUGCUGCAGGAGAUGAUGGAUCGGAUGAGAACGACGACGAUGAGGAUCAAGACGACGAUGACUCCGAUUCGAGCGAUGGCGAAGCUGUCGUACCACUACUGGCCGGGCGAGAACGACGUGCGAAUGCGGGCAAUCGAAUGGCAGCACUGUUGGAGGAUGAGGCCCAGGCGGAGAUGGAAGAGAUGUUCAAGGAGGAGGAGAACGAUAUCGAGUUUGAGGCAAAGUGUCAGUCCGGGAUGAGCUCGAGAUCGGCUGCCGAUGCGAAAGACGAUUUCCAAAGAGAGCUGACUGGGCGACGUGUAUGAUGACAGUUGAAGAGGAUGUAUUCGAUUCGGAUUUUGGAUCGACCGACUCGGAUGCGGACCAGGAAGACGACGAAGAAGCCGGCGAACGGCAACUGCAACGCGAGGCAGAGGUACGACUACACAGUCCUGAUGCCUCGGAUGGGACACAGUUAACCAUUUUCAUACCAUCACUCAGGCCGCAGCAAAGGGCAGCAACAACAAGAGGAAGGCCAAAAAGGCCUACACGUCGUUCGCACCCGCGUUCGCUCGACAGACCAAAUACCAACAAAAGGCCUCCGCCGUCGCUUCGACCUCGGCUUCGACCCUCGAUGGCAAUGGGACUUCAACUCCAGGAGGGGGAGCUUUGACGCCUGAACUCUCGAAUAGGAACAAGCGCCGAAGAGGCUGGCCUGAUGGGAUCGAUCGGGCGUUCUUGAUCCCUCAGCGCGAAAGCUCGAGGCGAUCGGCUGUCGCUUUCAAGGAGAGCGUCGAGGAGAGGCUGAAGGAAUCUGAAGAGCGGAGGGUCAGUACUAGGGUUUGAAGACCCUCGAUCCUUGUUUGAUCUCUUCACUCAUCCAUGAUUACCUGCGCUACUUACCAGGCCACUCUGCCCAAGCCGUCCAAAAAGACCCAGCAAAACUUCACCCAAGCCGACCUGAUCGCCGAAGCGCUCGAAACCGAAGAGAUCAACCGAGCCUCCCUCCUCGCCUUCUACGCCGCCGAAGAAGACCGUCGUGCGGCCGAACGUGUAAUUGGACAACGUUACGAGAUCAUUGGACCCAAGCUGAUCGAAUUGAGUCGACGCGAAGGAGGACUCGAGGCGCCGGAUUCACCGGGGAAACGAAAGGGGAAGGGGCGAGCGAUCGAUGGUGGGGCUACGACGGUGCGGUCUGGAGAGAGUGGGAGGCGGAGAUUGAUUGAGGUGUUGGGUGAGGCUGGGAAAGCGGGCUGGAAGCCUGGGGAGGCGGAAGGGUUGAAGGCCGCGCAAGAGGCGGCGGAGAAGGAAGGGACAACGAUGGACAAGACCCGGCAAAUCCUCUCGCCGGACAAAGGGGUCAAGUCCGCAGACAUGCGCGGAACAGAUAAAGAUACACCGUCUGUACCAGAUGACAAGGUCGAGCCUCAACCAUCAGCGGAGACAAAGAUGGAAGCGCUCGAUCCACCGAUCGUGCCGAUCGUGACGGAAGCGAACGGAGUCGUCCCGAUCAUGCCGGCGGCCCCCGACGCAGGACCAAUGAUCACACCAGCUCCGGACCCCGCCGUCGCGACUCCCUACUACGCUCGGAACUACCUAAUCUUUGACGAGUUCGUUGGCGCCACGGUCGGAGACGAGAUGGAAGCGCUGUUUGGCGAUCAUUGCGAUUGGGAUACAGCCAAAUCGGUGACGCUUGAAUCUAGUCAGUCUGCAUAGCCUACUUCACCCAUGACAUCCCCUUUCAUCGCUCAUGCUGAUCUGUUCAUCCCCCUUCAUCUCCCUCAGAUCGUCGUCCCAAGAUUUGCCCCAUCACUGGCCUAUCAGCCAAAUACCGUGAUCCACGCACCAUGACCCCGUACGCCAACAAAUACGCCUACGACGUCCUAACUCAACUCCUCUCCUCAACCAAGACCGCAGAAAGGGCCGGGGAUACGAAGCCCGUGUUUUCAUGGAACGAGACGCUGGGUGCUUAUUCGGGCGUCAUUGGUUUGGGCAAGUUGCACGUCGAUGUGGGGACGAACGCGGGUGCUCUCGCUCCGAUCGUUGGGACGAUUGAGAAAGAUCCCCUUACCUUGCACGAGCAAAGUAGCGUCCGAGCUACCCAGACAUUCGGAUCGGCGGGUCCUGCUAAAAUUCCGAGAACGAGCACAGGGUACAUGGGUGUUGGAGGGAGGAACGCUAAGAAGAGGGAGGAUAACGAAUAG